AGGGGAGGGCUGGGGAGCCCGCGCGAGUUCCUCUUUCCUUUGGAACAAAGGAAAGUCUGUCUCCGAGGCAUCUGUCACUCCCGGGCGGGCCAAGGCGGCGGGGCGCGUGGGGCCAGCGACCCGAAGAAAGUUUGUGCGGCGGGGACCCUCGGGGCUGACGCGGGGGCUCUGAGCCUGCCGCGGGGGAGGCGCGCGGUCCCGGGGGCCGGGGGCGGCCAACAUGGAGUCUGGGCGCAGAACUGGGGGGGCGGUGCGGAGGUGGGAGCCCAGCCCCCUCCUCUCCCCUCCCCCUCCGGGCCGAGUUGGGAGCACAAAGCCGAGCGCGCACGCUCCGCCGGCCCCGCGCCCCGAAGAGUCAGCCUGCGCGGAGCAGCCGGGGAAGGGGGUGGGACCCAAACUUUUUCCUGCCCCGGGACAGACACGCUCGCUGGAGGUCUAGCCUCGCCCCUAGGCACCAUGUCUGACAGUGACCUAGGUGAGGAUGAAGGUCUCCUGUCCCUGGCGGGCAAGAGGAAGCGCAGGGGGAAUCUGCCCAAGGAGUCCGUGAAGAUCCUCCGGGACUGGCUGUACCUGCACCGCUACAACGCCUACCCCUCCGAGCAGGAGAAACUGAGCCUUUCUGGACAGACCAACCUCUCAGUGCUGCAGAUAUGUAACUGGUUCAUCAACGCCCGCCGGCGGCUCCUCCCGGACAUGCUGCGGAAGGAUGGCAAAGACCCUAAUCAGUUCACCAUUUCCCGCCGAGGGGGGAAAGCCUCAGAUGUAGCCCUUCCCCGUGGUAACAGCCCCUCGGUGCUGGCCGUGUCCGUACCAGCUCCUCCUAAUGUUCUCUCCUUGUCUGUGUGCUCUGUGCCACUUCACUCAGGCCAAGGGGAAAAGCCAGCAGCUCCCUUCCCACAAGGGGAGCUAGAGGCCCCUAAGCCGCUGGUUAGCCCAGGUGGUACACUGACCCUGCUGACCAGGGCUGAGGCCGGGAGCCCCACAGGUGGACUUUUCAACACACCGCCACCCACACCCCCAGAGCAGGACAAGGAGGACUUCAGCAGCUUCCAGCUGCUGGUGGAGGUGGCACUGCAGAGGGCUGCUGAGAUGGAGCUUCAGAAGCAGCAGGACCCAGCACCUCCAUUGCUGCACACUCCCAUCCCUCUAGUCUCCGAGAACCCCAAGUAGGCAUCUGCCAACAGGGGUGCUCAAGGCUAAAGCCAGCUGUCCUGGGUUCCCGGUUCGCUUCCCUCCUACAGAGGUUUUCUGUGGAUCACUGCCAAGCAUCAGGGUCAUCUCCUCUGUCCAGCAGUCUCAGCAGGAAGAUGCCAGCUGGCGUCACUGCACUGUGAUGGGGACCUCUCCUAUGCUGACUCUGCCAUUUCUCCAGGCCUCCUCAGUGAUGAGACCAAGGGACUGGAGACAGGCAUGGUGCUGCUGCUGCUUCUCCAGAGAACCCCAGGACACUCUUGUUCCAGCCUGCUUUCCUGGGCUGGACUCAGGAAACCUGCCAAGUUCAGACCUCUCUGAGUCCAAGCUGCCGCUGAGCUGUGCCUCUUUCUGUCAAGCCAGGUGUGGACAUUCCAAGUUCGUAAGUGUGGACAAAAGAGGAACCCAGCAGAUGUAACAGGACCGACUCCAGUUGAAUGUUUAGGUGUUUGCUAAACUGUUCAUUUUUCCCUUUUUGCUGUGGUUUGCAUUUAUAGCAGUAGUUAUCCCAGGUGUGGGGAAUGAGCAUUGCAUGAUAGAGUCUGAUAAACGGAGAUUUAUCUACCACUGCAACUGAGGGUUUUUGUGUAUGGAAGGAGUAUUUGUUAUUUUGGGGACCAGCUAAAUUUCUGCAGUAGCACAAAAUUUCAAAUGAUUUUGGUGUUGGCUUACCACCCACAACACAAGCCCACCACCUCUGGGCAAGAGAAAACGCAGGGGGACACAUGGGCACUAGCUUGUUUGCAUUAGGUACAGAAGGGGAUAAGGCCACAACCAAGGGAGAACCCAAUAGAAUCUGACAAAACCUAGACUUAGAGCAGAGAAGAAUGGUAAGAACCAGAUAAGUGUUUGUUUUUAUUUUUCUUUUUACUGUAUUUGGGGGGGGAUAAGUAAACUAGACUAAGAAAGUGAUUUUUUUUUUUCUUUCAUUUUAAUGUUGUCCCCUCUUUGUUCAAGGCUUUGUCCUACAGCCUGAGUCCUGAGUCCCUUUGGGAACUUGGCUAGAACAUCAGAGGUUCUAGUAUCCCCUUCUUGGAGAGAAGUGAGCCAUCUGCUGGUCAGGAAGCCCUUGUAGCUACUCCAACAGGCAUCUUUUCCCACAACCAAGGCAGGAAGGUAUUCUGGAGGAGGUGUGAGUGUCCUUGUUUCACUUUUCUGUAAGUUGGACUUGCAGGGGCCUGCCUGAAUUUCCCAGUGAAACAGAUCGUACUUGGUCUUUAUCGCCCUCUCUCUUUUUAUUUUGCUGUUUCAUUGCUGAUAGUGUUCAACAGCAGUAUACCCCAUCUUUAUAUAUUCUAAGAAACACUAAUCUUAGAUUUUUAUUAGCCAUCAUAUUUUUGUUCUUAAUAACGUUGUUACUGGGCCAAAAAAUAGGCCAGGAGCCCAGGUCUGUAGUUUCCUGAAAUUGCCAGGUUGGGCAUAAGGGGAAGGGGUUCCUGGGUGUUGACUGACUUGGAUGUACCUGGCCAGAAAAAAGACAGAAUGCAUUCUCUGUCCUUUUAGGAAGACCCUGGCACCCUCAGGAAGGCCCCCACACACACACUCUUGAGUGGCUGGGCCCAUCCCUUGCUUGUGGAAGUGGGAAUAGAUCUUUUCUUUAACUGCAAGUGAGUUAUCUCUUGGUAGGCAAGAUUCCUGGGCUCCGGUCCAUCUCCUUUCAGCCCCUUCCUCCUGUAUCCCAGGGGGUCAAGGGUCCUCAUCCUGAGGCUUAGCUGGUAAAGAAUGAACAUGGCAACUUCAGAGCUAGUUGAAGCUGCUAUCUGUCCAUCUUGUCCAACCCAGCCAUGUCUGUGAGUGAGCCCAGGACCAGUGUGACUGUAGCAGGGGACUUGGAGUAUACUGGGCUGAAUGAGAUUUUCCUUUCCCACAGAGCACUGAGGAGGAGAGUGAUGAGGGGGAGGGGUGAGGGAGCCAUGCUGCUGAAUUCUGUUUGGCAUUCCCCCCUUAUGUAAAAUGGGGUGUCGGGGGGGUGGGGCAGCCUCUGCUUAAGUGGGUUAUAAGAUACACCUGGAGAAGCAGUUGUCCCAUUCAAUUAUUUGAGCAAACAACUACUGUAAAUAACUUGUUUUUGUCUUUUGUCAAAUAAAGUUGUUUUGUUUUUA